GAAAAAAAAAGAAAAAUAAACUCGCGUCUGUAAUUCUUACGUUCGUUAACCAUCGUCGUCGGUGAUUUUUUAAGAGUAUCUUUCGAAACUGAUAUUAAGUUCCGCUGUUCCAUUAUAAACGGUUCGACGACAUUUGCUCGCAAUAUCUCGGUUAAUCGAUUUCUUAAUAUUUCUGUACUAUUUUCUUCAGCACUGCUCAUUGAACGCUAAUCAUCGAAAUUACGUACCAACUAAUUAAUUAGGUUCUGGAGUUCAGUCUGCACUGAAUCGUGAGAAUCAGAGUCUCGCGCAUGAGACUCUCGAACGAUGCCUAAGAAAACGUAAGAACAGCAAGAAGGAAGAAGAAGGAGAAGAUUCCUUACGCUCAGACGAGUCUACGAAGAUUUUAAUAUACCAAGAUACAAUGGUGAUAGAAGGUUUGACGGCCAAAAAGAGCGAAGUCUAUUCGAGCGUGCAAAUACAAAUAUCAACUGCAAUUGUAUCUAAAGGUUGCGAAAGCAAUCUAUCCGGCUAUAUUUCUUCGUUUCGACGUCUAUACAUCGAUUUCGUUUUAAGAGAAGCAAUUUCGUCGGAAGUAAACGUCAUAAGCGAAACUUAAAAUUUCAAUGAUCUAAAUAAUCUAAUGGCAAUUUCUCCAAGUACUGUGACGUGAAUUGUGACGAGACAACCACCUUCCUGUAUCGCUUCGAUUUCACGCACGUAAUCUCUUUUCCCGAUCACAAUCUGUAAAUUUCCAAAAACAAACGGUCCACGACCAAACCACGCAUCAUUACUUCAAUCCAAUUUCGAGUAGAAAGAAAAAAAAUGCAAUUGCACGAAUCGAAAGUUAUCGUGCUAUAUCGUAUCUAGAAACGAUGUCCUCGCUCCGCUCGGGCUUCAUUCAUAGAGGUUCAUUCAUGAAUCUUCGUUCUUACUACGUAAGAAAUUUCUACGUCUGAAAAACAGUUUUUCGAUGCUCGCCGGUAGCCAGUUUCGUCGAGGGAUUUCCUGUGAUAUCAUCGUUCGGGGUGGAGACUAAUCCAAUGACGCAAUGAACCAGAGGGUGUAGAAUACAUACGGGGCGGCCGUAACGACGUGGAGGAGGAACACAUCGGUGAUGCUGGUACCAAUAGUGGUGGAUUCAGCUCUGCUUCUCUUGGUGGUACGGAAGAAGAACGUAGAAGAGGGGUGAGUGGUUGCAGUAUAAAUGUGGCCCGCGCAAGCUCCACCAAUCACUCGCCCUCUGACCUCCAAACUCCAAGCUCUCAAGCUCUCGUGGUACCAAACACCCCCUCUUCGUUCAUACGAUCAAGAGACAAGCCAGCACGUCGGCACUGGAACUCGUGCCUCGUGAUCACCGCGUGGUGGUGUCAUUCGAGUAUCAUCGCCGAGGACCGCUCGCUACCAUCGAGGCCAACCCUUAACUUCGACUCCAGCAGAAACUCGAAAUUGUUCGCUUUACGUGGCAGCACGAUUUGCUUAUUCCUUCGACCUGCGAUACCUCUUUAAUCUCACAAACAUGGUAACGGUUGUGGCUUACAUCCAACGAUGCAUGAUCAUUUUUGCCAUCCUACUUUGUUAUUUUCACGUUCGGAGUGAACGUAGUGAAAGCGUGAAUUGCGAAGCAUUUCCGUACCAUCAAAUGUGUAGAGGUUCAAUGUCAAGAAAACGUGCAAUGUUCCCGAUCAUGUAUGGAUUAGGAUGCGAGGGGAGUGAAGGAAACAUAAAUUGCAUCAAGGAAUUUGAAGAAAGACAUCGUAUUCCUUACAUUCCUCUAUCGAAGUCAAAACUGUUGAUUGCUUUGCUUGACGAUGAUCUGCAAAAGGAUAUUACACGAUCUGCUCGCCACAAAUUAAGAAACGAUGAAAUGAAUAAACGAAAGCCAUCUAUAAUAGAGAACUUCUUGUCGGAAUUGGACUCUUCGGACAACUAUUGAAUGAAAUGAUCAGGAAAUACAAAUUUUCUCGACUUGUGCAAACAUUUUUCAUCAUUUAAAAUUUUAGAAAUAUAUAUUUAGUCUUCUUUCUCUUU